AUAUUGAUGAGUGCAAGGAUUCGAACCCCUGCAGUAUUGGAACGUGCAUAAAUUUAUCUGGAGAUUAUUCUUGUAAAUGUCCCAAAGGGUACAAAAACGAUGACAAGAAUCAAAAGAGUUGCAUCAAACACAAUCCCAGCAAUCGAUGGAAGAUCAUUCUCCUGCCUGUUAUUUCAUUGGGUGUCUGUGCAGGCCUCUUGGUUUUACUAAUUGGAAUUUCAUGGAUAUAUUGGGGAAUGCAUAGAAGAAAGAUCAUGAAACUCAAAGAAAAAUACUUUAAAGAAAAUGGUGGUUUAUUGUUACAACAACAACUUGCUAUUCAACGAAGCUCCAUGGAGGUAACAAAAAUCUUUACGGCAGAAGAACUUGAGAAGGCCACAAACAAUUACCAUGAAAGUCGAGUCCUUGGUGAAGGAGGAUAUGGAACGGUUUACAAAGGAGUAUUACCAGAUAACAAAGUGGUUGCCAUAAAGAAGUCAAAAAUUGGUGUCUCAACUCAGAAGGAGCAGUUUGUUAAUGAGAUGGUUGUUCUUUCUCAAAUCAACCAUAGAAAUGUGGUGAGGCUAUUGGGUUGCUGUUUAGAGACACCAGUACCUUUACUAGUUUACGAAUUCAUCACCAAUGGCACUCUUUUUGAGCACAUUCAUAAUACAAAGGACAAGGGAUCACCACUUUCAUGGGAAUUACGAUUGAAGAUAGCAGCAGAAACUGCAGGAGCACUAGCAUACUUGCACUCCUCUACUUCCAUGCCAAUCAUACACAGAGAUGUGAAAACAACUAACAUACUAUUAGAUGGGAAUUACAGAACAAAAGUGUCAGACUUUGGAGCUUCAAAAUUGAUUCCUCUGGAUCAAACUCAACUAACAACUUUAGUACAAGGGACACUCGGAUACUUAGACCCUGAGUACUUCUGUUCAAGUCAACUAACAGAAAGGAGUGACGUUUACAGCUUUGGAGUUGUCCUUAUGGAGCUACUAACGAGCAAAGUGGCACUUUCUUUUGACAGGCCAGAGAAAGAGAGAAACCUAGCGAGCUUCUUUGUUUGGUCAAUGGAGGUGGAUCGCUUGAAUCAAAUUCUUGAUGAUGAAAUAGUCAAGGAGGGAAAUAUUGAGACACUAAGAAAUGCGGCCGAUCUCGCAAGAAGGUGUGUAAGGUUAAAAGGGGAGGAUAGGCCUACCAUGAAGGAAGUAGCAAUGGAGCUAGAGGGAAUGAGAAUUAUGGCAAAGCAUCCAUGGGGGAAAGCUGAUUGUCCAGAGGAGACCGAGUACUUGCUUGGGUCAGGUAAGUCAGACGCUUAUGUUGUGGAUGUUACAGCUGAUUGUGGUCAUCCUAGUGCCAAGCCAAACUGCCCAGACAGGUGUGGCGAUCUCACAAUUCCAUACCCCUUUGGGGUCAACGAAGAUUGUUACAUGGGAAGUGACUAUUUCAUCAACUGCGCGCCGAAUGGAACUGCAUUUUUGAGGAACAGUAACAUCCGCGUUACCAACAUAUCAGUUGACCUCGGGGAGAUCCAAAUCCAGCAGUAUCUGACCUACGAUUGUUAUACCGAAGAGGGUGAACACCGCUACAACAUCCCGGAGUUGUGGUUGACUCCGCCUUACACCAUCUCGGGUGCCAAAAACAAGUUCAUGGCCGUUGGCUGUGACACUUAUGCAGAGUUUCAAGGUUACCGCCCGAACCAAAACCUGCCCUUCAUUGCUGGGUGCAUGUCCCAGUGUCUCGGCCUCGACAGCGUUGAUGAGAACUCUUGCUCCGGAAUUGGGUGUUGCCAGACCUCCAUACCCGACGGACUCAAAAACCGUACUGUGUAUUUGAAGAGCUAUAACAAUCAUACCUAUGUGAUGGAUUUUAACCCCUGCAGCUACGCUUUCAUUGUGCAAGAAGGCCAGUUCAACUUCUCUGGUAAUGCAAGCUUCCAACAACUGGCGAACGUAAGCGAGCUUCCCAUGGUCCUUAAUUGGGACAUUGGGGACGAAUCAUGUGAUGUUGUAGCUGAAAAGAAGAAUUCUUCUUGCAUGGCACAUACCAAGUGUGUCAACCGGACCAUCGGCAACCAGGCCCCCUCUGGUUACAUUUGCCAGUGCUUGCCAGGUUACUACGGCAACCCAUACCACCCAGAUGGUUGCCUAGAUGUUGACGAGUGCAAGGACUCAAACCCUUGCGAUAUUGGAACGUGCGUGAAUAAACCUGGAGAUUACACUUGUAAAUGUCCCAAAGGGUACAAGAAUACUGAAGAUCUGAAGAAAUGCAUCAAGAAAAACACCAACACUCCCAUAAAAGUUGCAAUGGGAGUCAUUGCGGCCUUCUUUGUUCUACUGGUUGUAUUUUUUUUCCUAUACUGCGCAAUGAAGAGGAGACAGUUCAAGAAACAACAAGACAAGUUCUUUAAACAAAAUGGUGGCUUAUUUUUACGACAACAGUUGGCGAGUUACAAUGGAUCCGUCGAGGCAGCCAAAAUCUUUACUGAAGCAGAACUGGAGAAGGCCACAAACAAUUACAAUGAAGAGAGAAAAAUUGGUGAAGGUGGCUAUGGAGUAGUUUACAGUGGAAAUUUGUCUGCAGAUCAUCAUAACAAAGUGGUCGCCAUAAAAAAGUCCAAAGUUAAUAACCCAAUAGCUGAGACUCAGAGUCUAGAGUUUGUUAACGAGGUGAUUGUUCUUUCCCAAAUCCACCAUAAAAAUGUUGUGAGGCUCCUUGGCUGUUGUUUAGAGACUCAAACGCCUAUACUGGUUUACGAGUACAUUUCCCAUGGCACUCUUCAUGAUCACAUCCAUAGAAAAGACAACAAAUACCCACGACUUCCAUUGGACUUGCGGUUGAAGAUAGCAGCAGAUACUGCAGAAGCACUCUCAUACUUGCACCACUACACUGAGCCCCCAAUCAUACACCGAGAUGUUAAAGCAAUGAACAUACUACUAGACCACAAGUACACCGCAAAAGUUGCGGACUUUGGAGCUUCAAAAUUGGUUCCGGAUCAAGAUGAAGGAAAACUAUCAACUUUGGUGCAAGGGACACUCGGACACUUGAACCCUAAAUAUCUUCAGUCCCACAUACUACCAGAAAAGAGUGAUGUGUAUAGCUUCGGAGUUGUCCUGGUGGAGCUAAUCACAAGCCAAAAGGCACUAUCCUCAAACAAAAAGUCGGAGGUUGACAGAAACCUAGCAAACGCUUUUGUUCACGCAAUGAAGGAGAGCCGCUUGAAUGAAAUUCUUGAUGCUGAAAUCGCCAAGGAAGGAGAAGGGUUUGAGAAAGUCGUAGAAACAGUGGCAGAUCUGGCAAAUAGAUGUUUAAGGUUAAGAGGGGAGGAAAGGCCGUCGAUGAAAGAAGUAGCCAUGGAGCUGGAAGGAAUGAGAAUUAUGGCAAAGCAUCCACGGGGGAAAGCUGAUCCAGAAGAGACCGAGUACUUGCUUGGGUCAGCUAAGUCAGAUGCUUAUCGUGUGGAUGUUACAGCUGAUUGUGGUCAUCCUAGUGGUACAAAUAGUGGAUAUGACAGCAUGCAAAUCCAGAUGUUAAUGUCAUAUGGUGAUGGGCGAUAAUCAGAGGCGGACGCACGUUGGGACAAGAGGGGUCUAACGACCCCUUGGAAUACCUGAAAUUUGGCUAUGGACUCCAUGGACGACCCCUUGGACAGCUGCGGAGCGACCCCUUCUGUUCACACCAGGUGCUUGACGAAAGUCCCAGCCUGUCUGUGUCUUGUGUUGGUCUGCCAUGGAAUCAAUAGACCAUUUGUUUUCGAUUGUGCACUGAUGCAAAAGCCAAACCAACUUUCGUGCUGCUCUUGUUUGUGAAACAAUGGAAGAAAGUCUCUUCGUUUAGUUAGCAGUGAGGGAGUGGCGAGGGAGGCUGGGAAGAAAUAAACAGAGAGAGAAAGAAAGGAUAAAAAAAAAAGAGGGGUUGGCUGGAAGAAGAAGGA